AUGUGUUCUUGAGUCUGUUCAUCCUGCCAUCAGAGUAACACUCAGGCGAGCGAACUCAGACCCAUGGCUGGACUCCUCGAUGAAGCGCACAACCUUAACGAUGUGCUACUUGACUUCCGUACCGCUUUCCAUGGAAGCGUGUUCGAGAAGUAUCAUGUGGUCCCAGUCCAAGUGGCCACUCUGGAGGCGUUCUAUUAUGUGGAUGUGGGUAACACCGCCGACUUCUUCGGGGAUUUGAGUGAAUUCCUGAUAGAUCCAGGAAGCGCCGAUCUCCUGAAGAGAGAUCGCGACGCAUUCAUCGAACAGUUUGGUGAGUGCAUCAACGAAGAUUUGCGCAACGCAGGUACUAUGUCCUUGCCGUGCGCAAUCGUAGACUUGUCUAAGGAUUUCUUGGAGGAAUCCUCUGAAUUCUUUGAGGAGAUUUCAAAGAAAGCUGAGGCUGGGGGUUGUGACGAUUGGGUCGAAAGCUUUUGGGAGUUGGAGGUCCGAUUGGUGGAGCUUGCACUCUCUCACUCCAAUGAUUAUCGUGCUAAAAUAUUCCAUCGGUCGGGGAUGGAUGUUGUGCAGGAGAGUGACGCCGCUCUGGCCACCGACAUGUUUGACUUCUGUAGAAACUGGCAACAACUAACUACUCGGAAAGUUUUCCAUAAGAUUUGGCGGGUCAUGAUGGUUCAUUUUAUCGAUUUCGACAUGGUGGGAGAGAAUGGCGAGCGCUUUCCCUUGCGGAUGCGCAUGCUCGAUUUGAUCGAGGAAGAGGCUUUUGACGAAUGGGGCUGGUUUGCCGAGGUGCGAGAUCGUGAGACCAACAUCCUCAUCGCCAGAGCCGAUGGUUCAUCUCAGUGUCAGGAGACGCGACUUGAUAUCGUCGCGGCGAACACCGUUAACCAACGUUAUAAGCCCCAUGGAGAUGUCUGUACGCUGACAAGAACAUCGGGGCGUUUCAGGCAUUUCCAUCAUUACAACCACGAGCAGCCUGACGGGUACGACCUUGAGGAGUGGGACGAAGACUUCUAUGAGAGUGAUGACCGUCAAACCCAGGUCUUGUCAAGAAUACCGCCCGAGGAGAAGGAACUCAUAUUGGAAGAAAUAGGUCGUCUUCGUAAAAAUUCCUUUUGCAGGUCUCACGACCAUUAUAUUUCCUAUUCUAGUGAAUUGGAGUUUGAGCGCUUAAUUCCUGUUGCUGCCAGGUUGUCGUCCCUCCAUUUUCUGGAAGUCUUCUCGGGUCGCCCGUGCGACCAUUUCGACGCCGUUGUGAGGAGGUUUGAGCUUUGUACGUCAACACUAGAAGAGUCUCAGCAAAGGGACCGCGAACGAUCUCGAGAAAAUAUCAAUCGCUUUCGCCAUCUCCUCAAAGGAACUUGCUGGGAGCAAUUACCAGAGGACUUGAUCAUGCGGAUUCUAGGGCUUGUGGUGCCAACCCAACGACACAGAGUAGGGUAAUUAGCAAAUGGCCCCUGCGCCAGGAUGACACGCAUAAAUCGAGAAAUGGUCCAAUUAAAAAAAUAAAAUAAAAAAAAUUCAGAAAA